AUGGUGCUCUAUCUCGUGUUCUUGGCUCUCCUCACCUUCGUGCUGCUCCGGCGCAUGGCCGGCGGCGCAAGCAGGCGCAGCGGCGGCAAUGGCAUCCACCACCGUCUCCCACCGUCGCCGCCGGGGCUGCCCAUCAUCGGGCACCUCCACCUACUUGGAUCCAACCCUCACCUCUCCCUCCACGAGAUCGCCGCCGGCGUGCACGGCGCCGCCGAGGACGGGUUCAUGCUGCUCCGCCUCGGCCAAGUCCGCAGCCUGGUGGUGUUGUCCCCACGCGCGGCCGAGGCCGUCCUGCGCGCGCACGACCACACCUUCGCGUCGCGGCCGCCCUCCGCCGUGGCCGACAUCGUCUUCAGCAACUCCGACGUCGCCCUGGCGCCCUACGGCGACUACUGGCGCCUGGUCCGGAGGCUGGUGACCACGCACGUGCUCAGCGCCGCCAAGGUGCAGUCCCUCCGCCGCGCCCGACAGGAGGAGGUGGCCCUCGUCGUCGCCAAGAUCCGGGACGCCGCCUCCACCGCGGCGGUGGACAUGACGGAGGUGUUCUGCGUCUUCACAAACGACAUGGUGUGCCGCGCCGUGUCCGGCAAGUUCUUCCGGCGGCUCGACGGCAGGCACACCGCGUUCCAGGAGGUCAUCAACAGCCAGGUCGUACUCAUCGCCGGGUUCAACCUGGACGACUGCUUCCCUUGGUUGGCCAAGGUUGGUGGUGGUGUGCUUGCAAGGCUGCUCUUCGCCAAGGCCUUUACCUUGAAGAAGCAAUGGGACGUGUUGCUCGAUGAGAUCAUCACCGAGCAUGAGGCCAAGCUGGAGGAGGUAACUGACGACGCUGGACACAGCCAAGAAGACGACGCUGACUUCGUACAUGUUCUGCUUUCCCUCCAGCAGGAGUACCGUCUCACUAGACAGCAAGUCAAGUCCAUCUUGGUGGACAUGUUUGGAGCUGGAACAGAUACAUCAUCCAUCCUGCUGGAAUACGCGAUGAUCGAGCUGAUAAGGAACCCUGACAUCAUGGCCAAAGUACGCGACGAGAUCACCAACAACACUCCCAAGGGCCAAGAAAUGGUGAAAGAAGAGAACCUAAGCAACAUGAGCUACCUUCGAGCCAUCAUCAAGGAGACGCUGCGACUGUACCCGCCGACGCCGCUGCUGCUGCCGCAUUUCUGCAUGGAGGACUGCGAGGUGAACGGGUACGCGAUCGCGGCCGGGACGCGCGUCAUCGUCAACGCGUGGGCGCUCGGCAGGGACGCCGGCGCGUGGGAGAGAGCCGACGAGUUCGUCCCGGAGAGGUUUCUCGACGGCGGCGGCAGCGCCGCUGCUGAUUUCAGGGGCAGGGAUUUCAAGUUCGUGCCGUUUGGAGCUGGGAGAAGGAUGUGCCCUGGAAUCAACUUUGGGAUGGCCGUCGUUGAGCUGAUGCUGGCUAAUCUUCUCUACUGCUUUUACUGGGAGCUCCCGGCUGGGAUGGCACCUCAGGAUGUGGAUAUGUCUGUCAAGUAUGGACUCACAAGCCGUCGCAAGGAGAAGCUCCUGCUUGUCCCAAGGCUGGCUGGUGGCUGCAGCGUAUUGUCAACAAAUCUUGUUGUGGAGUAAUGGAAUAAAAGAAUAGGGAUCAAUGGGUAGUUUUUGUUAUAUUUCGAUCAUUGAUUGGCGUUGGUGCCCGGC